CCUUGUGUGCAAAAAGUUGCAAGUGGCUUCUGCGAAUAUUUACAUGAUGACUCGUGGGUGGCUCUCUCAGUGCAAAGGUUUGCAGCAGCUAGCAGGUUAGCAACUUUUAAAAGUUUUUGAUACAAACCCCUAGAAUUUAUUUCUACCAAACUUUGAAUUCCCUCCAUACAGUAACCAGUUUGGAUUUCUUCGUCUUCUUCUUCAGAAGGCGGAAACAUCAAUCACCUAUUUUGAUUUCUCAUCGGUAGUUGAAAUUGUUAAAACUAUUGCCAUGAAUUUAGUAGCAGAAGGUUCCAUUUUUUCUCGCCCCACAAUCAUAUGUAAACCCAAUAAGUUCCAAGUUUUCUCUCUUUACAAUCGUCAACUCAAGUUUUCUUCUAAUACUUCUUCUUCUGUUCUACCUUUUCCAAUUCGAAUAACAAAUAAUCACUACAAAUUUUCUUCUUCUGUCCCCACAAAUUUCUCCAGAGGAAAGUUUGAUAAAGCAAAUGGUUUCGAAAUUAGGGCUAAUUUGGACUCUGUGGAUGAGGAAAAGAAGAUUGAUUGCUCAAUUGGGAAUGAAAAGUUGGAUUUUUUGAAGGUUUUGAUGAAGGGUUUGUUUAUAAUGAGUGCAAUGGUUUGUGGGGUUUUUGUAUUUCAAUGUGGGAAGGUUUAUGCAAUGGAAGGAGUGAUUAAUAAUGGUUUAGAACAAGGUAAAUCGGUACUUAAAGCUGCAUGGCCAAAAUUAAAGCAGGUUUUAUGUGUUUUUAAAGAACAAGGUUUGCUUUUGGCUGCUCUUUUGAGUUUAUCUGCAUUUUUUUCAAUGGCGGAGACUUCAAUCACUACGUUAUGGCCUUGGAAGAUACGUGAAUUGGCUGAAAAAGAGCCCGAGAAUGGCGUAUUUAGAAUGCUUCGUACUGAUGUUACUAGAUUCCUGACAACCAUUCUUAUCGGCACGACCGUGGUCAAUAUUGCGGCAACUGCACUAGUCACAGAUGCUGCGACAGCUAUUUAUGGUGAAGCUGGUGUUACUGCUGCAACUGGAGUUAUGACAGUUGUUCUUUUGCUUUUUACGGAAAUUACUCCGAAAAGUAUAGCUGUUCAUCAUGCAACUGAGGUUGCUAGGGUUGUGGUCAGGCCAGUGGCGUGGCUUUCGUUGAUAUUGUAUCCUGUUGGAAGAGUUGUUACCUUUCUUUCAAUGGGAAUCCUGAAAAUGCUUGGUUUAAAAGGAAGAAGUGAACCAUACGUUACUGAGGAGGAAUUGAAGUUGAUGUUGCGAGGAGCUGAGCUGAGUGGGGCAAUAGAGGAGGAAGAGCAGGAUAUGAUAGAGAAUGUAUUAGAAAUAAAAGAUACACAUGUACGGGAGGUGAUGACACCUCUGAUAGAUGUUGUUGCUAUUGAUGCUAGUGCAACACUUAUUGACUUCCAUAACCUGUGGGUGACUCAUCAAUACUCAAGGGUGCCUGUUUUUGAGCAGCGUAUAGACAAUAUAGUAGGUAUUGCGUAUGCAAUGGAUCUGCUGGAUGAAGCUCACAAGGGCGAGUUUCUAGAAAGUUGUAAAGUGGGGCACAUGGCACAUAAGCCUGCAUACUUUGUGCCUGAUUCAAUGUUGGUCUGGAAUCUACUGAGAGAAUUCCGCAUCAGGAAGGUUCACAUGGCCAUUGUACUUAACGAAUAUGGUGGAACUGUUGGAAUAGUGACACUGGAAGAUGUUGUUGAAGAAAUCGUUGGAGAAAUAUUUGACGAAAAUGAUUCAAAGGAGGAGAUCCAAAGGAAAACAGGGAAUGUUGUGAUGCGAGCAGAAGGGAUAUAUGAUGUGGAUGCAAAUACGUCAAUUGAUCAGCUCUCCGAAGAACUGCAUGUCAAAAUACCAGAGGGUAAUCAGUAUGAGACUGUGUCAGGUUUUAUCUGUGAGGCAUUUGGAUACAUUCCCAGGACAGGUGAGAGUAUCAAGAUUGUGCUUGAGAAAGAAAACCGAGAUAAUAAUGAUGAGUAUACCAAUGGAAAAUCAGAACGACAACGACAAAACGAAAAGAAUCAGUUUUUUAAACUUGAGGUAUUGGCCGGAAAUGCAAGAAAAGUGAGUGCUAUUCGAUUUGAAUGUAUUAACAAUGAUGAUGUAAAAUUAGAAACCAAGGAGGUUACUCGUUUGGUCCCAAGAAUCACAAAAAGAAAAUCAGGUGGUGCUGAUGGUUCAUAUAGAAGUGAUGACUCGGAUGGUGAGUCGGAUAGGGAUGAUGACAAUGAUGAGCCUCAAGUCCAUGAGAGAUUGGAGGACAAUGUCUUCAAUAUAUUUUCAGCCGGUGCACAUGAAGAUGAUCGUGACAAUAAUACUCAUAAUAAUAUUAAACAGUAGCCAAGUUGUUUCCCGCAUUUUCCAUUCUUACAACACUAACAAGAGGUAGAAUAGAUAAGAACAAAAAAUUCAAAGAAAUAAAGAGAAGGAUAGGAGAAAAAAGGAGACUACAGGGGAAACUAACAUGUAAGGCUUAUUUUUAUCUUGUUUACAGAUGAAGAGAUGUAUCUACGUCUGAAUCAUCAAAAGUAUUAGAGUUACGCGUGAUGUUUCUAUCAGUCGGCCAUAAGCUCAUCAGAAGUGGGGUGUCAACAGCCAAGAAGUUGGUAUUUCUCUUUUGAUCAACAUGGAAGAAGUCGGUAUUUCUUUUCUCAUCAACACAGAAGAAGUCGGUAUUUCUUUUUUGAUCGACAGCGAAGAAGUCGGUAUUUCCUUUUUGAUCAUUUCCCAGGUAGUCAGCAUGGUCGCCCCGUGAUUCGGUACGUAAGAAAUGAUGAAAAGAUUGAAAAGUUGGCCGAGGAGGAAUUAUCAAUUCAGGGUGGUAGAAUAGCUUAUUAGAUGGUGGUGGUACGUUACAUGCAGUUGAGGUUGGACUGAUACUUGUUUCGGAGGAGUCUGAGGAUGACGAAAAUAAUCUUAGUAGUUCUCUCUCUUCCCUCAUCUCUUUAACUCUCUGCAGUUGUCUAAAUCUUUCUUGCAGGAGAGCAAUAGAAGAAUGAACAACAGCUUGAUCACUAUUUUCCCUACCCAUUUUGGAGAAGUACAGUAAAGAGGAAAUAAAGUUCUCUAUUUGGAGAAAGGAAUGAUAUGUGAAUCUAGUAAGAGAAAGAACUUUAGGAGGGAUUGAGGGUUGUGAAAGUGUUUCUUUAUAUAUAGGAAGGCUGUGUUGUUUUUUUCUCACUAAAAUUAUGUUAUAUUGAGCAUUUCUGAUUGAUUCUGGAGGAUGAUCUACUUGAAAAGAGAGAGAGAAUCGGCAGCAAAAGUGCAAAGUCCAAGAAGGUAAUGUUAGAUGGUCUAAAUUGUAAAAAGGAAAGGAGGGGUUAGGUUGGUGGGAUGUGUUUAGAGGGGGCAAAAGUACUAUCUAAGGAAGAAGAAGUUGAGGAAGAAACUCCAAAUGCAGAUGGAAUGUAGUGUUUGGAAUGCUUGUUUAUUGGAAUAAAAAGUUGGGAGAUGAUUUGUCGGCUUGUCUUGAAGAAGUGUUUAAUUGGCUUUGGAGGAGAUGGUGGGCUUGUUUUGUUUUUCAUUUUCUCAUUUUCUAGCUAGACUAGAAAAGAAAAGAGAGAAUGAUAAAAUGGGUAAUUGUGUUCAGACAAGACAAGGAGUUGGAAGAGGGAUGGAAUAAUUAUUGAAGUUGAUGAGAGAUAUAUGUUUUUUCUUGAUUGAAUGUGAGAGAGGAGGAAGAAGUAAAGAGAACCCGCUAAUAUUAUUAAAUUUUUGAGGUUUUUUUUCCUUCUUUUCUUCUCUUAGUAUGUGUCUCUUUCAUAUAUGGGUUUUUCACUUUCUGUUUUGUCCUGGUGUUAUUUGGAUGCGAAUGGCAUGAAGAGGCGAAAGCUGAAGAUGCUGCUGCUGCUGCUAUUGUUAUUGCUGAGGUUGCUUUUACUUGUUGUGGUAGAGACUAAAGAGAUGCGUCUUUAUGCAACAAUACACGCACCCUCCAUUAUUAAAUUUUUGCUCAGCUUUUCAACUUUAUAGAGGAGGGAGGGAAAAGAAGAGUAGACUGUGAAGUGAUUUUAGUGAAAGUGGAAUGAAAGAGAGUGAUGCUUUUUAUUAUUUAUGAUAUGAUAUGGGUUACUCACUCACUGUUUGAAUCUAUUAUUAUCCCUUGAGUGGCCUAGAAUUCUUUACUUAGGAA